AUGGAUUGGUACCCUGGUUUCGAUCCGGAACGUCAGAAAACUUCCCAUGCAAAUGUAUGGGUUCACUUUCCAGGUCUUCAUGCAGAAUUAUGGAUGGAGAAGAAUUUGCUAUCAAUGGGAAAAGUUCUAGGAAAUCCAAUAGUGGUUGAUCAAAGAACCCUAACCUUGGAAUUUGAGAACUUUACGUCUGUCCUUGUGGAUAUAUAUUUUGCAAAGCACAUACCAGAUAGGAUUCGUCUCACAGCUGGUGGGCGUACUUUCUGGCAAAACCUUGAUAUUCCGAAGCCUCCUAAAUUUUGUUUGAAGUGUUGCAUUAUUGGGCACACUGAUAAGGAAUGCAGGAAGCAAUCUCAACAAGAAGAGCAGUCGACCAAGGUGGAUGCUUCAGCGAAUGGAGAAUCUUCACAAGGUUGGCAAGAAGCAAAGAAUAAAAGGCAACGUAGGCGUAGGAAUUCUCGAGUUCCUGCGAACUCUAAUGAUGCUGGAGAUGCUGAGAAACCUGUAACAGUUGAGGAGAAUGCUGAGGGUGUGGAGGAAACCACUCAUCUUGAGGAGGAGCUAGCUUCUUCUGAAGAUCAACUUCAAGCAGCGUCUUUGGAUGUUGAGAAAGCUAAAAAGGCCCUUACUUCGAAAGCAGCAUUAGCUAAAAAGUUGGUAGUGGGUGAAACUACAACUUCACAAGCUAAGUCAGUUAAGAGUGGUGAAUUGGAAAGAACUAACCGCUCUAACAGUGAUAAGAAUAAUGCUGGCUCUUCUUCUACUCCUGUAGCAACUUUUGGAGAAAAUCUGAUGCGAUUGUUAAUAUGA